GAUAAUAGUAAUUUUAUUUUAACAGUUUACAAAUCUAUCAUUAAAUGUUCUUAUCUUUUAUUCUGUGAUGAGGAUAUUUGAACCAGGACUUUAAAUCAGAGAUAUCAAAAAAGAGUUUAUCAUGACUGAGGCUCUUAUUUUUGUGAUUUUUGUGAUGGGCGUACGAGCGGAAACAAGCAAUGGAAGUUGUAAAGACAUGCUGCAGGGUUAUCUGACAGGACAAUUGUCGUCUGCUCUAGGAGCAUACCAAGUAGAGGCGCUGAGGCGGGAAUUCAAGAGUUUCACCAACCAAAUUGAAAAAUCAAUAAAAACAAUUCAAGAAAAAACAGAGUUUGGUGCACAGAAAAUACAAGAAACUAAAAACAGCAGCGUUGUGUACACAAGAUGGGGAAAGAAGACGUGUCCUUCAAAUGCCGAGUUAGUUCUAUCAGGUUACACUGGCGGUUCUUGGUAUAACAACAAGGGAGCAGCAGUUGAUCCUCUGUGUUUACCAAGAGAUCCAGAGUGGGGGAUCUACACUGAUGGGGAUGACGAUAACAGAGCUUUUGUUUAUGGUGCGGAAUACGAAACACACUACUCACCCGGGUACAUACGCACAUUCUCUGACCAUGAUGUACCCUGUGCUGUUUGUCUUCUUAGAAAUAAAUCAGUCGUCAAAAUGUUUCCAGCAAGGAAAUCGUGUUACAAAGGGUGGAAGUUGGAGUAUAAUGGCUAUCUAAUGGCAGGGCAUCAUGGCCAACUAGCUAGUACAAUGUACACCUGUAUUGACGAGCAUUCAGACACCUUACAUGGAGGCCAUGCCAAUAAAAAUGGCUACCUGUUUUACUCCGUUGAGGCACGAUGUGGAUCAUUGAAAUGCCCACCCUAUGUGGAAGGAAGAGAACUCGUGUGUGCUGUUUGUUCCAUGGAAUAAAUAUCAGAAAAGUAGUGACUUUUUUUUUACAUUCCAGCAUUUUAG